AUGACGAUCCCGUCACAAAUGCAUACGCCAAAUCCUUCCAUUUCUAAUCCACCUGUACCCAUAGCCGUAACUACUCCAGAAUAUAAUCAUAGAUACACAUACAUCAGCAAACCGGUAGUAAAACAUCAGAGAACAGAAAGUUUCCCUGCUCUGUUCAAAUUUCCCAGAUCACCAGAGGAGUUGACCGACAAGGAAUUACAGUCUAACAAAUCAAGAGCAGGAAGUUUCGCAACUUCUAAAUCUCCUACUUCUACAUUUGUAAGCCCCAAGCGAACUCAUAAAUCUGGGAGCAUAGACUCUACCGAAUUGAAGGAAGCAUACGAUAAUGCCAAUAGCCCCAUGAAUGAUGUUAUAGUGUUCUGGAACAAGUUAGGAAACAGCAGCGAUGAAAAUUUUGAUAUAGCCAGUGCAGUAGAACUGUUAUCCCCUGGUACUGUAGAACAGCAGUUACAAAAUUGGCGUAAAGUACAAUCGGCACUUACCAAGUUUGAAGAUUACAGAAGUGUUAGUGCCUCUAAAACAGAAGCUUUGAGUAGCCCGAAGAAACAAAAGACUAAGAAGAAGAGUCAACGAGCUCCAGCUCCUUCUCUUCUACCAGCUCCACAGCUACAUAAAAAAGAUCAUAAACCGAAAAAGAAGUUUGGAUCUACUGGAGAAAUUUUACCUAUAAAGGUCGACUCCUCAGCCCUUGGCCGUCCAGGACAUAAAGAGGCUGUUGAUUAUGGGGGACUCAACCAGGAGCUCAGUAUCCGAGCAGAAAUGAAAUGCCUGCAUUGUCGGUCGAAAGAGACACCUGAGUGGAGAAGAGGACCCCUGGGAAGCCGAACGCUUUGCAAUGCUUGUGGACUAUUCUAUUCUAAACUUAUAAGGAGGCAUGGGUUGAAGUUGGCCGAUAAGAUUAUAGCAGAGAGGAAAGAAGCUGGUCGAGUUCUUGAUCGGAAGAUAGCUUAG